AUGGAGGAAGAAAUUUCUGUACAAUCACAGGGUGUCUUGGAGGCUCUUUCACGGUGUCAAAAAUCUGGCGAGUUCAAAGAUAUGACCCUUGUCUGCGAGGGAGAAAGGAUCAACGUACAUAAAGUUGUGGUUUGCUCUCAAUCGGACGUACUUCAUGCUGCCUGUACUGGCAACUUCAAGGAGGCGUCAUCCGGCGUCUAUGAGUUUUUGGACGACUCAAAAAUUAUUGUUAGAAAGCUGGUAAGCUUCUUUUACACAGGAACCUAUAGCGACAGAAUACAGGCCUCUGAGACGGAGCAGCCAUCGUGCUCUGCUCUCCAACUCCAUGCCCGAGUCUUUGUCUUGGCUGACAAAUAUGUCGUCAAAGACUUACCCGCGUUAUGUGUUAAGAAGUAUAAGAGGAGGCUUGAGGUCCUAUGCGAUCCGAUCGAAUUCAUUGAAUCCAUCCCGGAAGUAUACGCUUUACCUCCUACAUCAACCAGAAUUUUGAAAGAGGUUGUAACACGCUUUGCACGGAUCAAUAUUUCGAAUUAUCUACGGGAGGAAACUGUCCAGAUGGCCUACAACAGUGUUGCCCAGAACGUGCCCGAAUUUGUCAAAGAUCUUCUCGACUUAUAUAUCGAAGCACCGUUGCUUGGAAACUGUGCGGAUUGCGGACAGCACGUACCUAUGGUAGCUUUGCAAGGGAGAUGCCGACGAUGUCGACGUGGCACGUCAAUGAUUGCUGGCGAUGUGACAGCGUUCUACAUAAAGUUGGUAGACUGUGAUUUUGAUCUCGACCUUCACGCCAUCUGGCAAGAGCCCUCUGACAUACCGACACCACCUCCCUGUCUCGCCGCCGAUCUCGAUCCGCGACAUAUUCUCUCCAAUGAAGGCGGGCAUCCCGAAUAUGAGACCCAAGGUUCUUCCUUGAUCGAAUUUUUCCCACCCCAGUCACGACAAUCUGCCCGGUUCCAAGUGGACAGCUCCAUGAGCGAAUGGGUAGCAACGCGAAGAUCUGACGGGGAUAUGGAACGUUAUCUCAAUGCACCGCACCGAUUUAUAUGGCCGGAUCUACCAACAGUGCCCGACUAUGAUAUGCCAUUCGAGAUGGGCAUAACCUAG